AUGUUUCUCCCUUCUCGCCCUUUGGGACAUCAUUACGAUCUCGUUUUGUAUCCGCCCCUGGCCCACCUAAAUAGAGAUCUUCUAGUCCUUUUCGAAAGAACAUAUAUCAACACUGACGAAGUGGGUGUGUACCAGCUCAUGUCGGGUAAAGGCACUCUGGGUCUUACGGGCCAUGCCCUCGCCGUACCCCAUGACGCUACACCGACCACCUGCCAGCUAUGCCAACAUCUGUACCAGCCGAUCUGGAAAACCCCACCGCCGGUUUGGUUUCGGGCUGUCUCUACUCUGUGCAGCUGGUCUAUCCCAUCCUUCCCAUUUUCCAUAUCUCUCCUGUCUCGAUCCGUAUUCAUUCAUCGCAACGGCCAAGAUCCGGCGACAGUAAUAGCUAGAAAAGCCACGAGACAUGGCCUGUGCUUGGAAGGUGAAGGAAGAUCGCAUCUGUCAGCAGACCGCGACGCGGAGAGCAGCAAGCAGCAAGCCCUCGAAGCGGCGGUGAGGGACGGCAUUCAUGGAGCGGGACACGACAGCCCGAACCACUGGGCUGUGCAUAUGGGAGCUGUUGACCACAAUGAAGGCUCUGAGCGGGGAAUUGUCACCUGGCCUCGGGACUGUACGAGAACUCGGCCGACGGUACGAAGGGCAAGCUCGUAUAGGGAGGAAAAAGUGUUGCCAAUUCUGUUGGUGAUUUCGUACGAGGACGAGGUUUGGGACGGGGCGUUCAUCUGCGCCAAGUUGAUAGCCACAGUGGCAGAGACGAGGCGCUCAAGGUCAAGGGGCAGACGACCGCUGGCCGGGGAAGGAUAUCCCAAGACCGAUGACAUGGUGCUGGAAAGCAAUGUUCAUUGA